UGGCGGCGGUGCUCACGUUAGGUCUUCGCAGUUAGGUUGCGGCCUUGCCCCUUCUGCCCCCUCCGGGCUGCUCCUCUCACUCUGUCAGCGUCGGGGUGGCUCUCCUCCUACAGGCUUCCCGGACCCAGAUGCUCCGGUGCCCGGAACCUUAGUACAAAAUGGCGCUCUCCCGGGCUGCCGAGGACGGGCUGGAACAGGACGAGCUCUGAGGCGGGUCGGGACAAAGACGGCGUGGAGGGAGGCGGAGGAGGGACGCGGCUCUGUGGCGUGGCUGCCGCCGCUGGGGGCCAGCGCUGAGGCUUCCCCCUCGUGCUGCGGAGGGUUUGGUAUGAACAGGAUUCGGAUCCACGUCUUGCCGACCAAUCGAGGGAGGAUCACCCCAGUUCCCAGGUCUCAGGAGUCCCUCUCUUGUUCCUUCACUCCCCGCCCGUGCUCGCAACCUCGCCUGGAGGGACAGGAGUUCUGCAUUAAGCAUAUCCUUGAAGACAAGAAUGCACCUUUCAAGCAAUGUAGUUACAUAUCGACGAAGAAUGGAAAAAGAUGCCCCAGUGCUGCCCCAAAGCCUGAGAAGAAAGAUGGGGUGUCCUUCUGUGCUGAACAUGCCCGUAGGAAUGCACUGGCACUGCAUGCUCAAAUGAAGAAGACCACUCCAGGGCCGAUGGGAGAAACACUCUUGUGCCAGCUGAGCUCGUAUGCUAAGUCAGAGCUGGGGUCUCAGACUCCAGAAAGUAGUCGCAGUGAAGCCAGCCGAAUUCUGGAUGAAGACAGCUGGAGUGAUGGGGAGCAGGAACCCAUUACUGUGGAUCAGACAUGGAGAGGUGACCCUGACAGUGAAGCUGAUAGCAUAGACAGUGAUCAAGAAGAUCCCUUGAAACAUGCUGGUGUCUACACAGCCGAAGAAGUGGCCCUGAUUAUGCGUGAGAAACUAAUUCGUUUACAGUCUUUGUACAUUGAUCAGUUUAAACGACUUCAGCAUCUGCUCAAAGAGAAGAAGCGACGUUACUUACAUAAUCGGAAAGUGGAACAUGAAGCUCUAGGUAGUAGUCUCCUGACUGGCCCAGAGGGACUGAUGGCCAAAGAACGAGAUAACUUAAAGCGUCUAAAAUGUCUUCGGAGGUAUCGUCAGCGCUAUGGAGUAGAAGCCCUACUACAUAGGCAGCUGAAGGAACGUAGAAUGCUCGCCACAGAUGGUGCUGCCCAACAGGCCCAUACCACUCGUUCCAGUCAGAGGUGCUUGGCCUUUGUGGAUGAUGUUCGUUGUUCUAAUCAGUCUCUUCCAAUGACCAGACACUGCAUUACUCAUAUUUGUCAGGACACGAAUCAGGUUCUCUUCAAAUGCUGCCAGGGGUCUGAAGAGGUACCCUGCAACAAACCAGUUCCUGUAAGCCUCUCUGAAGAUCCCUGCUGCCCACUGCAUUUCCAGUUGCCUCCUCAGAUGUAUAAGCCCGAGCAGGUACUGUCUGUGCCAGACGAUCUGGAAGCCGGCCCCAUGGAUCUGUACUUGAGUGCUGCUGAGCUUCAGCCCACUGAGAGUUUACCUCUGGAGUUCAGUGAUGACUUGGAUGUUGUGGGUGAUGGUAUGCAGUGUCCUCCUUCACCCUUGCUUUUUGAUCCUUCACUAACCCUUGAAGAUCAUUCAGUCAAAGACAAUGCUGAAGGCCCAGUGGAUACUUUGGGCCAGAUGCAGAUGGCUGGAGAUGGGUGCAGAUUGCAGGGAUCUCGAAACUCUGAAAAAGCCUCUGCACCAUUGCCUCAGAGUGGAGUGACUACUGCAAAUGGGAAGCCAGAACACAGUUCUAUGAGUUGAUAGUUUGUUUUGGGAACCAUUUGACUUUGGAGGAUUUGAAUUUCUUGUUAUUUAAACAAGUAUUUCUGACCUCUCUAAAGGACAACCUAGACUACUAUGUUUUCCUUCUGGGUUACUGAGUGCUAUAGUCAAACAUACACCAAACUUUGGGGGAAGGGACCAGUAGUAGUGUCUAAAAGUUGUGUCUUCCCACUCUGGGCAAGUAAGAAAGAUAGGUGAUACUUGUCAGAGCUGCUGAGAUCGAGCAAGUAUUUGGGACUCUGUGCUCUGAGGAGAGACAUCUUGGUAAGGGGGUUUCCAAAGUCUUUAAGUGGAUAUUGAUGGACCCAAUGUUUGGCCAUUGCUAUCUAGCAGCUUGUGUUUUAGCCUUUUCUCACCUCUCACCUAACUGGGGAAUCUGAACUCCCUUCUACUGUAACUUCAGAAAAUAAGCCCACAGGACUGGGUCCUCAACUGUCCAUCUUCAAACUAUGUAAAUUUCUGCAGUGACUAUCCUAAUGUAAGAUGCCAUAAAAAGUUAUUGUAUAUAGUUUCUAUUAAAUGUUAAAAUGUUAUGAAAAUAUAAA